AUGACGGCCGAGCCUACAGAGACAAGCAGCUUGCUCCCACGGGAGGACGUUACCGGGCAGCCCUUAAAAGAUGACAAACCCGCGAGCCCAGGUUUAUCAUGGAAAAGCUUGCUCGGCAUUAUUGGGGCCCUGAUCGGUGUUUUCCUUGCCGGUGCGGAUGAGUCCAUGGUGCUGGUAACAUACCAGACCAUCGCCUCGCACUUUCAGCGUCUAGGGGAUAGUCCCUGGGUGCUUGCGGGAUAUAACCUAGGCUAUUGUGUGGCUCUACCGGUGUACGGAAAACUGAGUGAUACGUAUGGCCGGCAGAUACCCUUGGUGGUCGCCUACUGCCUCUUUAGCAGCGGUUGCAUCUUGUCGGGUUCUGCAGCAGCGUUAUGGCAUGUUAUUGCUGGGAGGGUGAUAACUGGGAUUGGAGCGGCUGGCAUGGUCGCCCUGGUAUGUGUUCUGAUUACAGAUAACGUGCUGCCUAGCCAAGUAGCCAUCACACGAAGUUAUGUGAACAUGGUCAGCGUCUUCGGCCGUGUACUUGGAGGCCCAAUUGGGGCAUUCAUCACGGAUAGCGUUGGUUGGCAACUGUCUUUCAUUGUGCAGGCCCCUACUGCCAUCAUAUGCUGUAUCAUCUCUAUGGUCCUGCUGCCACCUGCCAAACCAAAGGAGAAUAGCGUGAAGAAAGUUGCACUCCGUAAAAGGGUCGACUUCCUAGGAAUCGCAAUGUUUGCUAUCUGCAUCACUACAUUCUUGGUUGCUAUCAGGCUGCUAGGAGACCAUGAGGCCUCAACGAGAAUAACUAUCCUUUUCGGCGUCGUUUCCCUUGUGUUCGGUUGCUUCUUCCUCGUGGUAGAAGGGUUUUAUGCUAGAGAACCAGUCAUCCCUCUUGGUUUGCUCAAAAAGAUGGCAGGCCCUUACGCUGUACAAGUGCUUCUACAAGUGGGAGCCUUUGCGGUAACUGAUCCCGACGCGACCCCCUUAACAAACUUAACCAACAUUGCACCCUACUUCAUUCGUACAACAGGCGCGAGCAAUACACGUGCGGCAGUUUACCUUGCUCCCGUAUUCGUUGGCUUUACAACUGGCUCUAUCACUUCCGGUUAUAUUAUCAGAAAGACACAUAGAUAUAAGACGUUAUCUCUUAUAUCGGUGCUUCUCGGCCUCACGUUCUUCACCCUUAUAGCGAUAAGAUGGCGAACUGGGGUAACAGGCUGGGAGUCAUUCUACGUGUUCCCAGCUUUCUUGAGCUUUGGACUGCUGCUUUCAACCACUUUUACCGGGUUGAUCGCAUGUACUCCAAAAUCCAUCCAUGCCACUGCUAUUUGCGUCUAUUAUCUUUGCCAGCAGGUCGGAACCAUGCUUGGAACCGUCUUUUCCUCCCUGACUAUCGAGACAAUCCUACGAGAAGUCCUCAAAAUCCGUUUGGAGGAUAUCCCUCAUAAGAAGGAGAUUAUCGAGCGUAUUCUGCAUGAUUCUAGCCCUGCUGCCAUCCCUGAAGCUCUACGAAGCAUUGUCCGCAACAGCUAUCUCUAUAGCUUCCAGUUUGCUGCCUUCAUACCCGUGGUCACCACCGCCAUCGUCCUUCCAUUAAUGGCGAUAGAUAAGGAGGUAGAAGUUGACUAG